UUCCAUUUAGUACAUCUUUUGAAAUCAAGAAACAUAAAUACAUGGGAAGUUUAAUUGGGCUGGAGCUGCUUAUAAUUGUGAACAGGUAUGAAAAUAGUUACCGGACUUAAUUGUAUGUAUGAAACUCAUAUUUAAGUUAUUUUUAUUGCUAAUCUAAUAUGAGACUUCUCGUUCUGGUAUAUAGUGAUUGCAGUUUGUCAACGUGGAUUAAUUUGCCAUCCAAGAAGAUUCAAUAACGCUGCUUGGAAGUUGGAAUAUCCGUCGUAGAUUGCCUUUCCUCCUCUUCUGGUAUGUAUAUCCUGCAAUCCAAUUUCUCUAAAGAUGUUUGCUAUUUUUUUUAUUUGUUUUUUAAGUGCUUCUUUCUCUGUUGGAAUGUGGAAUAGAUGAAAAAGUUUCCAGCUUUAGGUCAUUUCGCUAAUGAUCGCAAAGAGAUCAAUGAAUUUGUACCUUCAGUUAAUAGAACUUUUCUUACAUUAUUAACAGAUCUAUUGUUGGUUAACAUUGCUAAAGGGCAAGCAGGAAGGUAUACGACUAUUUACCAGAAGCUCGCUCUGAAACACCCUUCCUUCAGAGGCAACACUGAUCUUAUCAUGGUAAUCUCUUUGCAGCCUAGGCUACCAUUCAUACCAGACGAUGUCAUUUGUCUUCUCUGCAUCCUCACUCCUUUACCAGCCUUCGGUGUCCUGUUUGACAACGAGGGAGUUAAAGACCCUGUGAUCCAGUCUCCCAUCGGACCUGAAGAAUAUUUAAAGAGAUUGCACCCUAUUGAUCUUGAGAAACUUCAGUUCGUUGGAGCGCCUUGGACAAUCACGACUUAUAUCGUUGAAGGAGGAACAACUUGGACAUACACAGUGAUAAAGAGUUUGUGCCACACUGCACCAUAUGUACUGAGAGCUCUAUUAUCUAAAAUAAAAUCAAAGUCAUCACAGAGUACAUUGUGUAACAAGUUGAGCACGUAGCUUACUGCAUACAAAUAUUUGAUUUAUGGGUGGACAGUUGACUCCCGAGAUGUGAGAGCAUUGGUCCAAACCCUACAUCAGAGAGGUAUAGUCUAAGUACUUUCCAUCUUGAGUACUUGAAAAGAUUCCCUUUUGGUGUUUUAACGUUUCCUUUUUCUAAUUUGGGCUUCCCAUAUCAUUCAUGCUGUAAAGAGAAGAUGUUCAGACACGCAUGUUGUUUUCUACAUAAAUGGAAACGGUGGCGUUCUUCAGCGGAUGUUAUUGGACUUGACUGGACUAAGAUAUGGCUGAUGGAAGGAGGCGAUUGUGGAGUGGUGUUAGAGUCCAGGGAAAUGUUGAUACAUCUAACCUAUUAUCUCUGCUUCCUGCUUUAACUGAAGAGAUGAUCUCACUCACAUUACCCUAAAGAGUGAAUUUACUCUCUCAAAUAAAAGGUUCAAUUAUAGUACUUAGGUAUCGAAUCCACAAGGAGCUAGGGAACCUAAUGAAUCUAAUAUGAUUUGUUAAGUAAGGUGGUUUUAAUGAUUUAAAUGAAAAGUUGCAGUUUUGUUUAACAAGUAAUUGCUCGAUUGAUUGGUUGAGGUUUUGGUGCUUAAAAGGAAAUAGCUAGACUUAGGGUUUUUAUUCAGGAAACUUGGGAUUAUAAUCCUACAGAUGCCUAAUGAGCUGCAUGCAUGAUAAUGUAAAGCUCAACUACUAAAUCAACAAGUCAAUCAGCUC